UGCCUGCUGGCACUGGGCUUGCUGAGCCUCUUCUCUUGGGGCCUUUUUCCCUUUGGCCUGCGUCUCAUCCCGCGCAACUUGGGGACAGUACCAUUUGCUGUUGAAUGUUCCCCUUCGAGAGCGCAUGGCUGGGGAAGCGAGGCGAGGGCCGGGCCCCCGAAGGGCCGCCGUCCGGGAGGUGGUGAUGCUGCUGCUGUGCCUGAGGGUCCCUGCCGGGCGAACCUACAAUGUGGACACCGAGAACGCGCUGCUUUACCAGGGAACCCCCAACACCCUUUUCGGCUACUCAGUGGUGCUUCACAGCCACGGGCCGAAACGAUGGCUGGUAGUGGGGGCUCCCAAGGCCAACUGGCUCGCCAACGCUUCCGUGACCAAUCCGGGGGCGAUUUACAGAUGUCGGAUCGGAGCGAAUCCAAACCGGACUUGCGAGCAGCUCCAGCUAGGUAGCCCUGGUGGAGAACCUUGUGGAAAGACUUGUUUGGAAGAAAGAGACAAUCAAUGGUUGGGGGUCACACUUUCCAGACAGCCAGGAGAAAAUGGAUCCAUCGUGACUUGUGGGCAUAGAUGGAAAAAUAUAUUUUAUAUAAAGAAUGAAAAUAAACUUCCCACGGGCGUUUGCUAUGGGAUGCCCUCUGAUUUACGGACAGAACUGAGUAAAAGGAUAGCUCCAUGUUAUCAAGAUUAUGUGAAAAAAUAUGGAGAAAAUUUUGCCUCCUGUCAAGCUGGAAUAUCUAGUUUUUACACAGAGGAUUUAAUUGUCAUGGGAGCUCCAGGAUCAUCUUACUGGACUGGGUCUAUUUUUGUCUACAAUAUAAUUAAAAAUAAAUACACGGCUUUUUUAGACAAACACAAUCAAGUAAAAUUUGGAAGUUACUUAGGAUACUCGGUUGGAGCUGGUCAUUUUCGGAGUAGGUUCACUACCGAAGUAGUUGGAGGAGCCCCUCAACAUGAACAGAUUGGAAAAGCAUACAUAUUCAGCAUUGAUGCAAAAGAACUAACUAUCUUAUAUGAAAUGAAAGGUAAAAAGCUUGGCUCUUACUUUGGAGCUUCCAUCUGUGCGGUGGACCUCAACGCAGAUGGCUUCUCAGACCUACUCGUGGGGGCUCCUAUGCAGAGCGCCAUCAGGGAGGAAGGAAGAGUGUUUGUGUACAUCAACUCUGGCUUCGGAGCAAUAAUGAAUGAAAUGGAAACAGAGCUCAUGGGAAGUGACAAAUAUGCUGCAAGAUUUGGGGAAUCUAUAGUUAAUCUUGGUGACAUUGAUAAUGAUGGCUUUGAAGAUGUUGCUAUUGGAGCUCCACAAGAAGAUGACUUGCAAGGAGCUAUUUAUAUUUACAACGGCCGAGCAGAUGGGAUCUCAUCGGCCUUCUCACAGAGAAUUGAGGGGCGCAAAAUCAGUACAUCCUUGAGUAUGUUUGGACAGUCUGUAUCUGGGCAAAUUGAUGUGGAUAAUAAUGGAUACGUAGAUGUAGCAGUUGGUGCUUUUCGGUCUGAUUCUGUGGUGUUGCUAAGAACAAGACCUGUACUGAUUGUUGAAGCUUCUUUAAAGCAUCCUGAGUCAGUAAAUAGAACAAAUCUUAACUGUUCUGAAAAUGGAGUGCCUUCUGUGUGCGUGGAGCUAACACUCUGUUUCUCAUACAAGGGCAAAGCAGUUCCAGGUUAUAUUGUCCUGUACUACAACAUGAGUUUGGAUGUAAACAGAAAGGCGGAGUCUCCAUCGAGGUUUUACUUUUCUUCUAAUGGAACACCUGAUAUGGUCACAGGAAGGAUGAAUGUAUCAAGCACGGUAGCUAGCUGUAGCACACGUCAAGCAUUUAUGCGGAAAGAUGUGCGAGACAUCCUCACUCCAGUUAAGAUUGAGGCUGCUUACCGCCUUGGGCAUCAUUACACCGGUAGACAAAGAGCGGAGGAGUUCCCACCACUUCAGCCGAUUCUUCAGCAGAAGAAAGAGAAAAACAUAAUUGAAAAAACAAUAAAGUUUGCACGGUUUUGUGCCCAUGAAAAUUGUUCUGCUGAUUUACAGGUUUCUGCAAAAAUUGGAUUUUUGAAGCCACAUGAAAAUAAAACCUACCUCGCUGUUGGAAGUAUGAAGACAUUAAUGUUGAAUGUGUCCUUGUUUAAUGCUGGAGAUGAUGCAUAUGAAACAACCUUGCAUAUCCAACUGCCCACUGGUCUUCACUUCAUUAAGAUUUUAGAUCUGGAAGAGAAGCAAAUACACUGCGAAGUAACAGACAGCUCUGGUGUAGAAAAACUUGACUGCAGUGUUGGUUAUAUAUAUGUAGAUCAUCUCUCAAGGGUAGAUGUUAGCUUUCUCCUGGAUGUGAGCUCCCUCAGCAGCGCAGAAGAGGACCUCAACAUCACAGUGCAUGCAGCCUGUGAAAAUGAAGGGGAAAUGGACAAUCUGAAACGUAACAAUGUGACUUUAGCAAUACCUCUGAAGUAUGAAGUCAUGCUAACUGCUCACGGACUUGUAAACCCAACUUCAUUUGUGUAUGGAUCAGAGGAGGACUCCGAGCCAGAAACGUGCAUGGCAGAGAAAGUGAACUUCACUUUCCACGUUAUCAACAGUGGCCAUAGCCUGGCUCCAAAUGUUAGUGUGGAAAUAAUGAUACCAAAUUCUUUUACCCCCCGAACUGAUAAGUUGUUCAACAUUUUGGAUGUCCAGGCUUCAACAGGGGAAUGCCAUUUUAAAAAUUAUCAGAGAAAGUGUACAGAUCAGGAAAAAGGUGCAAUGAAGACCCUAACAGAUAUAUUUACAUUCCUGUCGAAGACUGAUAAGAGGCUAUUGUACUGCAUGAAAGUGGAUCCACAUUGUUUAUAUUUCUUAUGCAAUUUUGGGAAAAUGGAAAGUGGAAAAGAAGCUAGUGUUCAAAUUCAGCUGGAAGGCCGGCCAUCUCUCUUAGAAAUGGAUGAGACUUCAGCACUCAAAUUUGAAAUAAGAGCGACGGCUUUUCUAGAGCCAAAUCCGAAAGUUUUUGAACUACACGAGAACGAGAAUGUUGCACAUGUUUUGCUCGAAGGAUUACAUCAUCAAAGACCCAAACGCCAUUUCACUAUAGUGACUAUUUCAAUUAGUUUGCUACUUGGACUUGUUUUACUUUUAUUGAUUUCAUAUGUUAUGUGGAAGGCUGGCUUCUUUAAAAGACAGUACAAAUCCAUCCUACAGGAAGAAAACAGAAGACACAGUUGGAAUUAUAUUAACAGUAAAAGCUUUGAUGAUGAUCAUGAUGAUUAAAGACCUUUCAAAUUGGAGAACUAACAACAGGCUCAGGUGUAAUAAAGACAUUUAAGACAUUGUUUACAAGAAACCAUGAACUUUGUUCAGAGUUCUUUCAUGUCCUCUUACACAUAACCUUGUGACAUACUAUGUCGUAAGGCAAAUGAAAAUUCCAAGAAAUGAUAUUCUUUGAGACAAAAAAUCUACAAAGGUGAUACUCAAUACAUCCAAAGAUCUUCUAUCAGUUCUUAAAUGGACAGGAAAAAAAAACACUAAAACAUCGAAUUUAGUCAAGAUAAAUAAUCCCUUGAAGAUAUCUGGAAAUGAAAGUACAUCUGAAUUAAAUCAUAUUGAGGACAUAAACUUGAUUGGAGGAAUCCUGGACUUGAAAUACUCCUUUAAAGGAAUAGGUGAUGAUUCAUUUCUAAUAGACCCUUAAGACUUGUUUGAAAUAUGUUCUUCAAAAAAAAAUAGCAGAAUUUUUCAAAGAGCUAUUUCCAACUUUCCUCUUGAAUAAGAGGUACGUUGUCAUUUUAAAGUAUAUUUUACCUUUAAGACCUUUGUAAUACAUUUCCUAUGAGCUUUGAUCAACAACCAUUCGGCACUCUAUGAUUAUUACGGGCCUGAAGAGCCAACUGCAGACUGAACUUUCAUACACUGGUCUGACCUUAACUGGGUGACUUUUGGUUAAUUAUUGUUUAUACAACUAUGGAUUUCUUUCUUGUUUCUGUAUAUACCUAACUUUUUAAAAGACUAUUUUUUUAUACAGGCACAAAUCCAUGCAUCCUCCUGUAACAAUUUUUCCAAGGGCACCUGGAGUAAAUUUUUAAAAUCCAUCAUUAGUCAAAUUUUCUGUUUAUAAAAACAACCAUACUUAAAAAUUCUAAUUUAUAUUCUGGAGCAGAUGGUGAAUGUUGCACUUUAGCUGAUAUUUGAAGUAUAAAUACACUGAUAGAUGUAAAAUAUGAAAACUAUACCUCACAAAUAUAUUUUUAAAAAUCAAAGCUCUGCAGAAACAACGA